GACGUACUUCCGGCCCGCGGCCCAGUUAGAGAAAGCGGAUACGGUCGUCGCCGUCACAGUUUGCCUCGGACGCCGCUUCCCUUCAGAGAGAGCGCGCUGUGAAGCGAGGAAGGAAAAGGAGGGAAACCAUCGUAGUGCUACAGUCGCUGCUGCUUCGAAGGCGGAUUCCUCGGGACUCUUUUAUAAGAACUGUAUAAAACAUGGUGGAUUAUUACGAAGUCUUAGGUGUGCACAAGCAUGCUUCUCAAGAAGACAUUAAAAAAGCGUACCGUAAACUAGCUUUAAAGUGGCACCCUGAUAAAAAUCCAGAUAAUAAGGAUGAAGCAGAGAGGCAAUUCAAGCAAGUAGCUGAGGCUUAUGAAGUUCUGUCAGAUGCUAAAAAACGUGACAUCUAUGACAAAUAUGGAAAAGAAGGCUUAAAUGGAGGAGGAGGUGGAAGUCAUUUCGACAGUCCCUUUGAGUAUGGUUUUACAUUCCGGAACCCAGAGGAUGUCUUCAGGGAGUUUUUUGGUGGAAGAGACCCAUUUUCAUUUGAUUUCUUUGAGGAUCCUUUUGAAGACUUCUUUGGUAAUAGGCGGGGGCCACGUGGAAACAGAAAUAGAGGUGGAGGAUCCUUUUUCUCUGCUUUUGGUGGAUUUCCUGCUUUUGGAAGUGGCUUUUCUUCAUUUGAUACAGGUUUCACUUCUUUUGGUUCUUUGGGACACGGAGGUCUUACUUCAUUCUCCUCCACGUCAUUUGGUGGCAGUGGGAUGGGUAACUUCAAAUCAGUAUCCACUUCAACCAAAAUAGUUAAUGGCAGAAAAAUUACUACAAAGAGAAUUGUUGAGAAUGGACAAGAGAGAGUAGAAGUUGAAGAAGAUGGCCUGCUAAAGUCUUUAACAAUAAAUGGUGUAGCUGAUGAUGAAGCUUUUGCAGAGGAAUGCAGACGCAGAGGACAAAACGCCUUGCCUUUCCAGUCUACUAGUGUCCGCUCUCCAAAGUCCCUGAAGCCUGCUGCCUAUCCCAAGCAUGUCUUUCACUGUAAUAGUGAUGAGGACGAUGACUUGGUUAUGACCGGCUGGGAGAGUCCCCAUUAUUCAUCAGGACACAAAGAAGUCAGCAAGAGGAAGAAGCAGAAGCUGAGGGAGGAACAGAAGAAGAAGAAGUCAGCCAAGACACCAUAUUAAAAUGGACUCCGAUGCCCCUAAACACUGACCUUUUGAUGUCAUACUAUUUGACCCCCUCCCCAGAUUCCUGGUGUAUAUCUUUCUUAUAGCUGUUCUCACUUAGCAAGAGUGAUGAUGACUCUUGGUUAAACAACACUGAACUUGCACUGUUAUGCUUGAGCAUCACACAGAUUCGCUUACGUUUCUGUAAGACACCCAGUCAGAAACCUGCUGUGUAGAAAUUAUUUCCAUUGAAGUCAGUGGGUGUGCCUUCUAAGUACAAGUUUAGGAUCAGGAUGUUCCAUACGUUAAAUAAACAGAUUUGGGGCUAGAAGUGUGUAUUUUUGAAGUUCAGAAAUUGUAAUGUGGAACCUUUUGAUCUUUUCCUUUACUGGGGCUAAAGCUAUUGUAGUCUAGUGUCUUUUAAAACUUAAUGAAGUUGUAAAGAAUGUCUUUAGUUUUUGAAAUGAGCAUUUUUAUUAAGGGUAGUCUUUCAUCUUAGCCUAAACUAAACAGUAAUAUUUCAUUUAAAUUUCCCUCUGAGGAGAGUUCAGCUUUUUAAUAACACCUGAGCAAACGUGGCUGAUUUUUCUCCAUUUAUUUUCCCUAUUGAAAAAAGUUGUUGAUUUUCCUUGCAUAUGCAUACUAUUCUUUACAUAUUUGCAUCGUGAAUACCAUUACUAUAGUGGAGUGAGAGAACAAAAUCCGAAUGAUCUGCUUUAUGAUAUUGAUCCUUUUGAAUUUUUUAAUGAUCCCUAGAACCCCAGAAGCCAAAUAAUGACCAUUGCAUUUUUAAAAUAACACAUUGUUUCCAUUAACUAGAAAUCAGCUGUCAUUGAGAUGUCUUUGCACUACAUGCUAAACCUAAGGAUCACAAUACCAACUCGACCUCCCAGUUUCAUCCGCCUUCCCUUGUCCACCAUUUGAAGCUCAGGUUGAGUCUUGACUAGCCAGAAAGAGCUAAGGCUUUACAGUCCUUGCCAUCUGUUGUGCUAACUUUGUACAUUAGGAAUACACAAUAUGUGUUGAUUCUUGUUUGGGUUAAAUUGGGAGUGAAGCAUUUGCAUACCUGGAAAAGUAAGUUUUUGAAUAUAACAAGAUAGUUUCAUUCCCCUUUAUAGAAGUGUUUAAUCUGCAUGGUACGUAGCUUCGGUUAACCUCAUAACUAAAUACUAAGAUGGAGCUUUCCAUUGCUUUUAACUUCUUCCUGGCAUGGUUACUGUAAGUAAGUUGCCUUCUUGCUGCUAAAUCCAUGAGUUGAAGUUGUCAGCUGCUUUUGUCCCCUCAGUGUUUUCUUCUUUUGCCAUUAAAUUAUGUGACACUUAUUCCCCUUGACACUGUUGGAAUCCCAAAUUUCCUGGAGAAAUCUUUAAUCAGGCCCUAAUAAUAUAGCUUAGGUGAGGAAGAUGGUGAUAUAAGAGGAUUUGGGGUACUUACUGGGAUUCAUCUUUAAUGCUUGUAUUAUGAAAAUGUAAUCUUAAUGCAAAUCAUUUGGGUAUUUAAAAUACAAUAUGCCUGAAGUAAGGUGCACAACCAUUUUUUCUUUUUGUUACAUAAAUACCACUGAAGUGUGUCGUGCAGUGUUACUAAUAUUUAAAGAAAUAAACGUUCCUUCCCUUA